AACUUAAUCUAUACCAUAAACCGAUGUCACCGCAACCAGACUCUCAUACUUGCUGAAGUUGGGCCUGUUGAGUUGGAAAUAGUGCCUAAAUCUGUACGGCUUACAUCAGCCCAUCUAAGACCGGGAAGGUUUAUGGACAAUGGUCUUCGCGGUAUUGUUACUCUCAUCAAUCACCUAAACUCUGAUGCUCCAUUCACCUGGGAACCUCUCUUCAACUCCGUCACAGGCAGUACAGCAUUUAGUAUUCGACCUAGUUCUGGUGCAUGA